GAUCUCGCCUCCCGCCCGGCCGAGAGACUCGGCUUUCCUUGGCAAAGCGCUUCACCACUGCAGCGCAGGGGACGCGCGCGGCGCCGGGGGAUCCGCGCAGCUACUAUCCCGCCCCUCCUCAGCCUCGGUCACGCCGCGAGGCUCCUCCUCAAGGAGGAGAAGACGGAGGAAGAGGGGGGAAAAAGUCCAAUCUGCAGCUACCUCGAGCAAGCCGCAGCGCUAUUACGCAGGGCGCCGAGUGGUUGGAGAAGAGACAGAAACAGCAGCCGGGGCUGCGCUUCCAGCCGGUUUUGUUUUGAAACUGAAUGUGAUUUGGAGUUCCCCACUGCUGUUACCCAGCACGAGUACCUUUUUGGAGAGAACUAUAGUGAAUACAUCUUGAUAAGUAGACAAUGGAUAGAGCUUAUGAGAUGGACGAUAGGGUUUUAUUAGCAAAAGGGGCUCAGGACAUUGCCAAGGAGGCCAAAAAACAGGCAGCAAAGAAAGCAAACCGAGCAGUAGAUAGAGCUCAAGAUGGCUACACUGAAAGAUCUUACAACAGAUUCCAGGCUGAAGAAGAAAAUGAUUAUUAUAGCCAAGAUGGAAAUUAUGAAGGAGAAGGAAAUGAAGACGAAGGAUCAAGUGAAGCAACUGAAGGACAUGACGAUGAUGAUGAAAUUUAUGAGGGAGAGUAUCAAGGAAUCCCAAGUACAGCCCAGAACAAAGAUGGAACUGCAGCUUUAGGACAGCAAACCAGAGAUGUUUAUAAGGAUCGAAGUGAAUUGGAGACAGAGCGAAAAGCUGAUGAAGAAGAACUAGCACAGCAAUAUGAAUUAAUCAUUCAAGAAUGUGGGCAUGGACGUUUUCAGUGGGCCCUCUUUUUUGUCCUUGGAAUGGCACUAAUGGCAGAUGGAGUAGAGGUUUUUGUGGUUGGAUUUGUAUUGCCCAGUGCUGAGACAGAUUUGUGCAUCCCCAACUCUGGAUCAGGAUGGCUUGGUAGCAUAGUAUACCUUGGGAUGAUGGUGGGAGCGUUCUUCUGGGGAGGCUUGGCAGACAAGGUGGGAAGGAGACAGUCUCUUCUGAUAUGUAUGUCGGUCAAUGGAUUCUUUGCUUUCCUUUCAUCAUUUGUCCAGGGCUAUGGCUUCUUUCUCUUCUGUCGAUUACUCUCUGGAUUUGGGAUUGGAGGAGCUGUUCCAGUUGUAUUUUCAUAUUUUGCUGAAGUACUUGCUCGAGAGAAACGUGGAGAACAUUUAAGUUGGCUUUGCAUGUUUUGGAUGAUUGGAGGUAUCUAUGCGUCUGCCAUGGCCUGGGCAAUCAUUCCUCAUUAUGGAUGGAGUUUCAGCAUGGGUUCUGCAUAUCAGUUCCACAGUUGGCGAGUGUUUGUUAUAAUGUGCGCCCUGCCUUGUGUUUCUGCUGUGGUGGCACUUACUUUCAUGCCAGAAAGUCCAAGGUUCUUGCUUGAGGUUGGAAAACAUGAUGAAGCUUGGAUGAUUCUCAAACAAAUUCAUGAUACAAAUAUGCGAGCUCGUGGCCAACCUGAAAAAGUUUUCACAGUUAACAGGAUCAAAACACCCAAACAAAUAGAUGAACUUAUAGAAAUAGAAAGUGACACAGGCACCUGGUACAGGAGAUGCUAUGUCAGAGUGCGCACAGAACUGGAUAGUAUUUGGUUAACAUUUAAGAGGUGUUUCACCUAUCCAGUCAAGGACAAUACAACUAAGCUUGCAGCUGUAUGGUUUACUCUUUCUUUUGGGUACUAUGGAUUGUCUGUCUGGUUUCCAGAUGUCAUUAAGCAUCUACAAGCAGAUGAAUAUGCCAGUAGAGGGAAGAAUUUUAGCAAUAAGAGGAUCAUGGACUUUGAUUUUAACUUUACUCUGGAAAAUCAGAUCCAUUUUAAUGGGACAUUCAUCAAUGACAGAUUCACAAUGAUGACAUUCAAAGCAGUUACUUUUCAAGACUCCCUUUUUAAGAACUGUUACUUUGAGGAUGUUACUACAUUGAAUACAUAUUUUAGAAACUGCACUUUUAUAGAGACCGUUUUCUUCAAUUCAGAUCUUGAGCCAUAUAAAUAUCCUGGCAGUGAAUUUAUAAAUUGUACGUUCUUUCACAAUAAGACAGGAUGUCAAAUUUCGUUUGAUGAUGAUUACAGUGCCUACUGGAUUUAUUUUGUUAAUUUUCUGGGGACUUUAGCAGUAUUACCAGGAAAUAUUGUCUCAGCUCUUCUGAUGGAUCGAAUUGGACGUUUAACAAUGUUGGGUGGUUCUAUGAUUCUUUCUGGGAUUAGCUGCUUUUUCCUAUGGUUUGGUACAAGUGGAUCCAUGAUGAUAGGCAUGCUGUGUCUAUACAAUGGCCUUACCAUCUCAGCAUGGAACUCUCUUGAUGUCAUUACUGUGGAGUUGUAUCCUACAGAUAGAAGGGCAACUGGCUUUGGCUUUUUAAACGCACUCUGCAAAGCAGCAGCUGUUCUUGGAAACUUAAUAUUUGGUUCUUUUGUUGUCAUUGCCAAAUCAAUACCUAUUCUGUUGGCUUCUACAGUUUUAGUGUGUGGAGGUUUGGUAGGACUUCGACUCCCUGACACCAGAAGCCAAGUACUGAUGUAAUUUGAGAUGGGUGGUGGAUAAAAAAAGCCAUUUAUUUGCUUUCCUCUGUUUCUAAGUGUCAUUUCUUGGAUGGAUGGAUGGAUGGGAGGAGGCUUCAGAUUGUUGGUUCAAGGAAAGUAAUUGCACAGAGAAGUUCUACCCUCAAAAUGAAACCACAGCAACAAAAUUUAAGAGAAACACGAGAAAGGGGAAAGAAGAGUGAAUUCAGUGGAGCCAUUUGUCCCAGUAUUGUGCAUCUCAUCAGUCCAACCCUGUUAAGUUCACAUCUGUAAAAUUCCAAUAACUGGAGUCUACAUGUGUCAUUCACUCACACAGACCUUUGCAGAUAAAAACUGUGGAGGAACCUGUAUGCAUGUAGACACCCAAAUUACAUUUAUGGGAAAAGAGAAAGAUGAAAAUUAUGGACUGGAACUGGUGGGAACAUAAGAUAUUAGGAACAAAAAAAAAUGGCCAUUGCCAACCUACCCCUCAGUUCAUUUAACGAGUGCAUAGAGAUGUUUUUGAAGACAGUUGCUAUUAAAACAAAAAAAAUAUAUAACCCCUGUAGCAGGGAGGCUGGCCGAACUCUCAUCACUCAGGGUGGUUUGACUGCCCCCAAUCUGGCACGUGGUGAAAUGGGCCACCCGAGCUACCCCGCAGCCUUCAGGGCUGCCUGAGCACUGCGCAGCCACCACAUGUGGGAGAAAGGGACAAGAGGGACCUGGACUCUUGCACUUUUAGGGGUAGGAUUAAGUCCCUUUUAUGCUUUCAUGCUGAAAGAACAGUUGAUGAAUAUCCCACCUCUAAAUUAAGGUUUCCAAUUAAAUUAAGAAAAAGAAUAAAGAUAAUAACUAUUUCAUAGAAGCUAUAUUUUUUCAUACAGAUAAUCUCUCUGUAGGAAAAUGGAUUUCCAAGCCAUUUCUGAAAAGCGCUUCUGUUUUGGUUGACGAGAAUAGGGUUCUAAGACAAAUAUUACAUCUAAAACAGCCUCUAGUCAUUUUUGAAUUUAAAUAAAUUACAGCCCGGAAAGCAGCACAUCCUCCUAAUGCUUGUUAUAGUCACAAAAAUUAAUAUAUUUAAAAAAUUAAAUUAAUAUAAAUAAACAUCUAGCCCUUUCUUAGGAGUAAAUGUUAAUCUAACAAAACUGUCCCCAGAACUCCUGCUUGUAGCUAGAUGUGCAUACAAAUAUGGACUGAUUAGGGAAGGUUGAUCUUACACAUAUUAUGAGACAAAUUAGAUUAAACUACCAUAUUUUUUGUGCCAUAAGACGCACUGGACCAUAAGACACACCUUGCUUUAGAGGAGGAAAAUAAGCAAAAAAAAAUAUCAGGCAGAGCCUGAGAGGACCACAAAUUGGUGUCCUCUCGUAUGCCAGCUUUGCCUAUUGACUCCUGCACUGCGAAAAAGAGACAGAUGAGGUGGGCAAUGACAAGGACAGAAAAGCACUGUAAAAGGACUGUGCCGCUGUGGCCUAAUUCACAGACAUUUCCACCCACUUUGUGGGGAGAAAACUGUGUCUUGUGGAGCAAAAAAUAUGGUACAUGAUAAUACUUGAGCACUAAUUUCCUAUAUUCUUAUAGGAAAAGACAAAAACCAUGGCAUUGUUUCUUUUGUAAACCACUAUAGGAACAGUACACACACACAAACAAACAUUUAGGCAUGCAAAACCAUAGCCUGUUGUAACUGAAUCUGUUUAAGAUGAAAAUAAUAAUUAUACCAGUGUGAGCCAGCAAUAUGCUACAGCUGCCAAAAAAAUCAAUGCAGUCCUAGGCUGCAUCAACACAGGGAUAGUGUCACAAUCAUGUGAAGUGAUAGUGCCACUUUAUACCACAUUUGGAAUACUGCAUCCAGUUUUGGUCAUCCCGAUAAAAAAAAAAGAUGUUGAGACUCUAAAAAGAGUACAGAAAAGAGCAACUAAAAUGAUUAGGGGACUGGAGGCCAAAGCAUACAAUGCAGGAACUGGGUGUGUCUAGUCUAAUGAAGGAGUAGCGGGUAACAUAAAAGCAGUUUUCCAAUAAUUGAAGGACUGUCACAGGGAAAGGGGGUUUUCCUAUUCUCCAAAAUAGUGGAGGACAGGACAAGAAGUAAUGAAUGGAAGCUUAUCAAAGAGAGAUCCACCCUAGAAUUAAGGAGAAAUUUCCUGACAGUGAGAACGCUUAAUCAGUGGAAUGACUUGCUUUGAGAAGUUGUGGAGGUUCCAUCAUUGGAAGUUUUUAAGAAGAGAUUGGACAGCCAUUUGUCCGGAAUGGUGUUAGAUCUCUUGCAGGGAGUUGGACAAGAAGACCUGCAAAGUUCCUUCCAAUUCUGUUACUCUGUAUUUUGUAAAUAAACUAACAAGACGAUCUGGGUAUAACAGAAAUGUUUUUAAGGCAUGUCAUCCUUUUCAGAUUGUUUUUAAAGUUAAAACUAUAGUAUGGGAAAAUAAUGCCCCUCUUUUGUUCUGAUAAUAUAUAUAUAUAUUUAUAAGUAAGUAUAAUUAACAAAAAGACUUGAUAUACAAAUUGAAGGAUUUUUAAAAAUAAUUUUUAAUCAAUUGUCUACUGGUUUAGCGAUAGAUAUAGCCUAAUGUUUUAGCCUAGUAGAACAGGAUCUCAGCUAAGUAGAAAGCGCAGGCCAGUAUAUCUUUGAAUCAGAGUUGGAAUGGUCAAUUUAGACCUUGAAGUCCAAUCUCCUGCUCAAUGUAAAAAUUCAGAUUAAAGCAAGUGAAAAAGAUAGCUGACCAGCUAACUAAGGUACUUCUUUCAACCCCCUUCAAGAGUAUUGAUUUACAACUUCUAUAAUCUUAAAAACAAUUUGCCAUGCUAUUUGGGAAUUACAAUAAUUAUAGUUCAGUACAUUUGAAGGGAGACUUGUCAGGGAAAGCUAAUUGUAGGGCUGUCUUUAUAUGGCCUGGCAGUCAUGUACAUUUUGAUAAAAGUGUUUUAAGCAGAUUGAACCGCUAACAGAGAGGUAAAGGUAUAAAUAUAUCCCAUUGGGUGGGUGGGUGGAAUCCUGUGUAUCCUUACAUGCAUACAUAGACCUCAUCAUAAUUUAAUACACUAUCUUUCCUCUAAAUUCUGACUCAUUUCCCCCCCAAAGGAAUACAUUAAGGUCAACUGGGGAAAAGUAGAUAUGCCUUAAACUAUGUAUAUUCUAAAUAAAACAGAAGAUUUUGGCUAACUGCUUUUUCUCUAUGUGUGAUCUAUAAUAUUUAUGUUCUGAAUUGUUUUUCAGUGUAGAUAUUUGUGUUAUAAUACUGAUUUAAGCCAAGAAUCCAUACUAUUUGUGUCCUAAAUUCGUAGAAAAUCUUGACAUUGUUAAUGAAUUUUGUAAUUGUUAUUGUCAGUUCAAUAUAGCUCUUAAUAUUUUUCUUUUGUUGUAAUUUGGUUAACCUUUUGUAGUCCGUUCUUUAAUCUUUUAACAGCUUUCCUUUCAUUCAGAGGGAAGAAACUUUUAAAUCUGUGUGGCCCUUAGGGGAUAAUACUUCUAGGUAUGAAAUCUGAAGCCUUGUACAGAUUGGGAGUAAUGAUGAAUCACCAGCUGUAAACCAUGCUUUUGAUAUGCACUGUCCAUAUAGAAUGAUGUGUUUUGUCUGCUUCCUUCAUGAAUGUAAUCAUUAAAAAUUCUGGAGCCAUAACUAAGCUUUAGAAGGAAAUCCGAGCACCAGCUCCAGAGUAAGGCCAACAUAAUAAAAUCUCAUUAUAGUUACAGUCAUGUUACUUUUUCAGACGCUAAUAAUAUUUUGACUCCAGAUUACAUUCUCAUUAAGGAUGUAAGCUUGGCCAAAUUCAGGAUACAACUUUGGCAAGAUCUAGGCAAAAAGAGAAAGUACACUUUGAAGAUUAAAAGGAGGAAGUGCACAAAAAUAACCAAAGACGUAUGUAUUCAUCUUGUCUGAAAUAUAUAACCUGUAAUACUUGUAAAUCCUUUUGUCUCUGUGACUACAUUUCCCCACUUCCCUAUCUGAAUAGGGAAUAGCAGGGUCUAAAGCAUCAAAGACAGUGCAAAAGAUACAAUGGGAUGUGGCGAAAAGAAAGUUUGCGAAAAACAAGUUUGCUAAAAAAGAAUAUACUACAGCAGUACAAUAGAGUUGUAAACAAAUACAACCAACUCAAAUGACAGGCUGUGGCUAAGAUUUAUUUAUUUACUUACUUAAUAGACCACCCAACUCCAUUGUGAUGUUGCUGAUGUUUGAUUACUUAUAUUAA